AUGGCUGGAAUGGUCCCGGAAGCUCGAAGCGAGGAUGCAGGCCUCUUCCCGAAGUUGUUCGAGCUCAUUGACUCAGGAAGCCAGGCUUCUGUGCUCGACAUGCUCGACGACAAAUUUGGAGGAGAUCCCAACGUAGCGGAUGAAGCAGCAGGAACAACACCGCUGAUUGCUGCAGCCAGGGAAGGCAAAGUGGAAAUUGUACAAGCCCUAAUGGACAAGACGGCAGAUCUAAUGAAAACGGAUCUGGAUGGCGACAGCCCGCUGAUGGUCGCUAUUUCUCAAAACCACAUGCAAGUGGUGCAGAUGUUUCUGAAAGCAGAUCGAGGCGUUGACGUGGAUGCCUCCAACAAGAUAGGGCAAACUCCACUGAUGAAGGCGGCCAACAAGGCCAACGUCGAAUGUGUCAAGGUUCUGCUGGAAAGCCGAGGCAAUCCCAAUGCAAAGACCAAAUUUGGAAAGACCGCACUUAUGCUGGCAGCGGAGAAAAGCAGCCUGGAUUCUGCAGCAGCUUUGCUGGACGCUGGGGCAGACAUUGCCAUGGCGGAUGACAGGGGCUUCACUGCAUUGUUUCCAGCAGCUUUUCGCUGCGAUGUGCCCAUGUUGGGGAUGCUGCUGACCUCGAAAGCAGAUGCUACGAAGAAAGCGCAGCCGGGAACUGCGCUCAUGAUGGCAGUGGAAUCACCAUCUUUCAAGCCCGAGUCGGUGAAGCUGCUUCUGGAGCAUGGUUGCCCUCUCGAUGAAGUGUCGAUGGAGGGGGACACGGCGCUGAUGAAGUCGGUGGAGGAAAACAACGCCGAUGCCAUCGCUGCCCUGCUCGCGGCUAAAGCGGACGCAACUAAAAGCAACAAGGAGGGCAAGACAGCACUUGAUUUGGCCCGAGAGAGAGGCCUCAAAGGUAUCGAGGAGCUGCUCGCCGCGGCGAGCCCUUGA